AUGGGCUGUACCAACCAAGCUGAUCACAGAAAGGCCUACAAACCUUGGCUAGCUGUGCUCAUCAAUUGUCUUCAUCGAUGGGUCAGUCUUCAGUCUCUGAUCGACGUUAUGGGAUAUCGCAAUUGGCUUCUGCGGCUUUCUCCGCUGCUGCUUCUGGCCAUCUUGCUGACCUUUGUCAGCGCAGGUAACUACAGUUCCAGUUCUAGCCGCUCCAACGGUUCCAGUCAUACUGUCAGUUAUCUCCGGGAGAAAUCCUUGCAUCUGCCUCAUCUGCUGCAGCGCCAAAAGAGAUGGCUCAUCUUCGAGUUGGGAACCUCAAUUACUCUUACUGCCAAUUGUGCCAAGGCUUUGGUAGAUACUAUACCCAGAGGAUUGACAUUGUUGGCCGAGUCAACUGUUAUUUAUGAUAUGCCGGGAUCUGUGGCGGAUUGGUUGCCACGACGCAAAAAGAAACCGAUGGUACCACCACCGCCACCGCCACCACCUCCUCCUCCACCACCGCCUCCUCCACCUGCAACUCCAACCGUACCAGGCAUUCCAGCUUCGAUGCAACCCUACAUACUGCCACAACAGCCUGUUAUUGUGCCUUUAAGUCCCGCCGAUCCCAUACAAUCCUUUUACUUUAGCUAUCCGCAGGUUGCACCAAUUUUGGGCCACCGUAAGUCCUAUGUGAACAACGUGCACAGCACAGGUUGUCCGGCCUCCAACCUGGUCAAGGAUGCGUAUGGGAAUUACUACUGUCGACCCACGGCGGUAUCACAGCGUCUGAGACGAGAGCUGGAGAGGAAUGGGGCGAAUCUCCUGAAGCAGGGACAGUCUCCACAUGGUAUGCUGUUUGACUUACUCGUAAUGCUAUCGGAACUCCAUCAGUAUCAGCCACGUUACUGUAUAAUGCGAACACUCUGCGAAUCUCGUCAUUUGUUGGCACCUCCCGGACAAUCGCUGUUCCAGGACAUCUUUCGCAUUCUGCUGCGCUACGUGUAUCCGGAGAUUGCCCAUAAGCCCACAUAUCGCAAGGCCUUCACCGCCGGCCAUACACUGCAUGAGUGCGCACAGUGGUAUGGUGCACACUGUCCCCAGAGUUUUUUAUUGCACUUUAGUAAUCAUUUUCGGAGCAAAUUUGAGCAUUAA